AUGUUUAGGUCUACCUUUGUUGCAUGUAAACGGGCAUACACAAACUAUGACAGACUGCAGUCUCUAUUAGGAAAGGCAGACAUAAAGGGUCAUUACAAACCUCUACGCCAACUACCUAGCGAAAAUACUCGUCAAUCUAAACAUGAUCAACAAUCAACUCAAACAUCUAGCUUGCUUGUAUCUCAAGAGCCCAAAAGCUCUGUAAAAAACCUCGAGACUGCCAAGACUUCUGCUAAUCAUGGAUCGAAUUCAAAUGAACGAGUACUCUGGUUUUCUGACCCAUUUCUUUUGACAGAAAAACUUGCUCAGCUUGUAAACAAAGACAAGGUUGAUGAGGCAUAUAUGCUUUUACGUCGACAUACUGGUGCAGGAAACGAUGAUGUUCAUGCAGCUUUUUUCAAUGCCUUGAUCAAAAAACGUCACUAUGCCAUGGUUAUUCGAAUCUUUAAAGAUUUGAACGCAAAAAACCGAACAUUGGCUCCACAAUCAUAUACCAGUAUUUUGAAUGCAAUCUAUUGCAUGGCCAAGAUGUUGCCUAAAUUCAACAUUCAUUCCAAAAAGAAAUUGUUUGACACUGCGCUGGAUGUUUGGAGGCAGCUCGUUCCAAAUCUCAUCCAAACCAAUGCCAUGCUGAGCGUUUGUGCUGCAUGUGGCUCUGUUGGUGGAUGGGAAAUGGCAGAAAUGAUAUACUCGCAUAUUCGCUACUCUAACAAGGCUACACUUACAAAUCGACUUGUUGGAUUUGCUGCUGCUGCUGCUGUAUCGGCUAAAGCCCUUAAGCGUAGCCAAGCAGCUGUAGCAUCUGGCAUGCUUAGCAAUCCCUUUGAAGAACUUCCAUCCCCAAAAAUCAUUGUUGUGCCAGAUGUAAAGACAUAUACUGUUAUGAUUGGCAUAUGUGCAGAGAUUGGUAAAUCUGUAGGAUACGCGAAUGGCAUUGCUAUUUGGAAUAAAGCUGUUCAGCACGCUGCAGAAACGGCAAAACUCACUCCUGAUGAUCAUCCUGAUAUUGUCCCUGUCAAAUUUGAUGGCCCAUUGAUAGCAAAGUAUCUUCUUUUAUGUAUUCGAUCAGAUGACGCUUCGCAUGCUGAAAGUGCAUUGGAUGUCGUGAAUCUUCAUUUUGGAUUUCCUAAAUCUCAUCUAGAGCCUUACAACCGUCGACAUAACAUUGUAGAGUCCCGGUUUUCUAAACCUAGUGGUAAAUCUCAAGGACGAGUACCAAGCAGCCACAUUGAGCUUACUCAGCAAACAUUCACUCUCUUGAUGCACCUUGCAUCACGUUUGCGAUAUCCAGCACUUGGUCAGCACUGGUACAAGAUCUUUACUGAAGAGUUGCAUAUGGAUGCAGAUGAUGUGGCCAUGCAUGCUAUUACCACAAUGCUCUUGACUGCUAAACAGUUUGAUCAGGUCUGGAGUAUGGCAACCGAAAAACCAUCCAAGUAUAAAUAUCAGAUUGGAUUACGAGCAACCUCUUUGGCUGUCAUGUCUCGCGAGGAGGACAAAGAAAAAUGGCUUGAUCGGUCUCGAACACUUUAUGAAGAAGGAAUUAAAAUCAGAACUGCUAAAUCAUCAAUAGAAGAUACAAACAUGGAUGCUCGAUCCCAACCCAGUUCUAGUGAGGCAUCAUCUCACUUACAACAGCCACUGUUUGGUUUUCGUGAACUGCUCAACCAUCUUGGUACGACUAUUACUUGCAAAUCAUGGUCAGAGGCUGGUCAGAUUGUGAUUAAAAAUCGAGAGAUAUUGGUCGAUAAUACGAUUUCUCGAUUAGAACGAAAAGUGGAGGCCAGAUUAAAAAAGACUGACAAAACAGCCACGUCAGAUUCUGACAAUGAAUAUACGGGCGAUGACGGUUUUCAGCUUAAUCAAAAGGCUUCUACAUCUAACUCCGAUUCAGACGAUGUUGUUUUUCUACGCAGAGGAUUACUGUUUUCCAAAAUUGCAUUGGAAGAGUAUACGAAUGGAAAACUUGGUACUUCAGCACAAAAUGUAAAGGCACAACUCAUCAUGCGACACAUUGAUAUGGGAUUAGGGCUCACCAAGACGCUUAAAGUCAAACCAGACACAAACAUUCGUAAACUUAUUUCUCCAGAACUGUACAAGAGGCAUCUUCCCCUGGAUGACUUGAAGCUGGAUAUGCCAGCGGAACACGUCAAAGGCAGUUUUAGACGCAGUGAAAUGGGAUACAAGGUUCAACGGAGAGAAGAUGUUGAUAGUAGCACUGCAAACAAUGUAUCUUUGUCACGAUCGCAUAGCUUCAGUAAAAGUACACUCAAUCGGAAUUCUAUCAAUAAUAGUACUAACGCUGCACAAUUCACCAAAAAGAAUAGAUUCGAGUAA